UGCAGAGUGCGUCUGCUGCAGACAUGAGAGGAUCGUGCUAUGUGUGUUCCGUACGAGUGACUCUGUUUUCGGGAUAAAUAACUUGCUGAAGUCGACACGACACUGUUUCCCUGGGGGAGAUGAUGAGUUCGUGGGAAAGCAAAGCCGCGGGCCCGGUGUGGAGGAGUCGAGGCGGAGAAGACAGACGCACAGUCCCUGAAUUAAGGAAGUUUCCGUCUCUUCACAGCUCUGAUGAAAAUGGCCGGCGGAGCGAGGCCUGAUUCCCGCACACAAUGACGCAGUCACUGCACAUUACGCCGAGACUCGCUGAAAGUUUCCGCAUUUGCAGUGCGGAAAACGACGCCAUUCUGCCUGUACUAUGACUUACUAAGACCCACUAUGGGCCAGUAUGAAGGAGCUUCCAGUUCAUCCAUACGGACCUUGCAUCAGCAUUGAGGAGUUCAGGAGUCGGCAGAGAAGAAAGGGGCUGAUUACAGCGGGACAGAUGACAUGAAUCCAUCCUUCCACAGCCAGGAGCUCACCGACCUGUGUGCCACACUUCAAAUAAGACUAGAGGCUACACACCACAGAUGUCUACACACUGGGGCAGAUUCGGACAGAGUCCCACAAAUAACAUAUGACCCAGAGACUGCAAAGAGACAUUCAAUCAAUUAUCAAUCAAAUUUUAUUUGUAUAGCCCAUAUUCACAAAUUACAAUUCGUCUCAUAGGGCUUUAACAGGGUGUGACAUCCUCUGUCCUUAACCCUCAGAAAGGGUAAGGAAAAACUACUAAAAACCCUUUUAACAGGGUAAAAAUACGUAGAAACCUCAGAGAGAGCCAAUGGUGAGGGAUCCCUCUCCCAGGACGGACAGAAGUGCAAUAGAUGCCACGUGCAGGAAAACAUCAUCAAGAUUAAAGUCUCUAGCAGCAUUUGAUGAGGGUAAACAUCCCGAAGGACAACCCCAACAUGACAUGCCAAGCAGUCCCGCUGCGAUCACAGUCCAUGGUCAGCAACCAGCAGGACCACGAUCCACCAUCCAGACCACAACGCCACUCCAGUCCCCGUCCAGCGCCAACCACCACGAGCCGCCGCUGCGGUCCUGGUCCAAUGCCCGUACCCGAUGCCAACGCGACACAGGGUCCGCCACCACCACCACCCCACACAACACAGAAUCCGCCACACUGGAUCCACCACCUCGACCUCCGGUGCGCGAUCAACAAACCGCAAUCCAUGAUGCGGCCACAGAGGCCCUGGAUCUGCGGGUGAUAAAGCAAAGGGAUUCUGGGGAAGGGGGAUAGGGAUGGAGAAGAGGAAGGAGAAGCUGGAAAAAGAUGCUCCGUGUGUCAUGUGUCAUAAAAUAGAACAAGUAACGUUCUGCCGCACUAAAUAGCUCUAACUAUAAGCUUUAUCAAAAAGGAAGGUUUUGAGCCUACUCUUAAACGAACAGAUGGUGUCUGCCUCCCGAACUGAAAGUGGUAGUUUAUUCCACAGCAGAGGAGCUUGAUGGCUAAAAGCUCUGGCUCCUACUCUACUUUAGGGACGACAAGUGGGCCUAAAUUCUGGGAGCGGAGUGCUCUAGUGGGUUUAUAAGGUACCAACAGCUCUUUAAAAGGUUUUGUUGUUGUGAGAGAGCUGUUUAAGUUAUGUGCAGCCACAAUAAUGUUAACCGUGUGAAAUUAAGUCGCGGUCCGCGAGUCAUUAGACAUAACAUCCUGCAGACGACGGGAUUUCGAAGUAGGAGGCAUACCUUUCUUGUUGACAUGUUCCUUUACUCCAUACUUUUUCAUAGCUGUAGAAUAGGUCACCUAUCUUCUCCAAUUUAUAUUCCAAUGCUUUUAAACUUUGGCCAUUUCACCAAUGGCUUAUGUCCUUGCAUGUCCUGCUAUUUUUUAUGUGCCUGGUUGUGUCUUGGACUAUUGCUUCUGUCUGAAGCUUCUUCCACAUCCCAUGGGGUGCUGAUGCUCUGCUGACUGCAGGUUUCUUUGAGAGGCGGUGGACUAUGGGCAGAAAAGUUCUCUGGUAGUGUACUUACAGGGUUCCCACGGUACCUGGAAACCAUGGAAAACAUGGAAUUUAUUUUUUCAUUUUCCAGGUUUGGAAAAGUCAUGGAAACUGAGCAAAAGUGAACACUUACAUGGAAAUUGAAACAGUUAUCCUGGAAAAUUGUAUUGGAUGAUGUGUAAAAUAGUAAUAAAAUGAAACUAUUGAGCACAGAAUUAAGAUAAGUUUAUAAAAACCCUUUACAUGUGAACAGCUCUUACUGUAGAUAGAAAUGGAUGAUCCCAUGUUGUAGAACAUGCUCUUGGCAUCCUAUCUGGUGUAUUGGAUGUUGGAAUUUGAUGAGAACCUGGUGAUAUGGACUUUAAAAGUAUAGUUUCGGAUUGGUGGACUUCGGGAAUAAUAACCGAGAAACAUUACUCGCGAUCUCAAUAGAAGGGUCAAAUACAUGCAUUUCCAGCCAACACGGGAGCCUUGACAUCUACAGUGAAACUUCUUAUGCAAGUUUAUCCUCAAAUGUAAGUAGCUGUGUUUCAACUGUGUGAUAAACCUGGGUUUAUCAACGUUAGUUAGUAACCUGUGCAAUCUUGCUAGCUAGCAAGCUGCAACUUGCUAGCUUCAGCUUACACUAGAAUUGUUGACGUAAUUUUUACCUUGCUUUUAAAAUACUAGAACUAUGUUCGAUCCCCAUAUGUAUUUCACUCACUGACUUUUCCUAAAACCGUGUUAUUCACCACAUUUAGGGGAGUUUGUUUUUGAAUUUGGAUUCAUUAAUGAUGGUUAGCAAGCACAUGCAGUGCAAUCUUGCUAGCCAACAUUCAGCUUGCUAACUAACUAGCUAGUGUUGGCUAGCUUGCGUUGCUAGCUAACUACCAAUACAUUUUCACAUUAGGCUGUGACAUUACUUCUAUACUAGUUGACAUGACCAGUCUAGUCUUGAUACAUUUUGUAACAUUCAUUCUUAUAUCUACUUUUAGCUAUUUUGUGAUUUUUCGUUUUUUCUUUAAAAAAAUGAUACUACUAAAUAGGAACAUUUGGGGUGAGACAUUUUUUAGGUUGCUGUACUGAGGCACCACAGGGGAACCAGCCUUAUGUUUUUCCUUUUAGGUUCAUUAGUUUGAUAUACAAAAGCUUUUACAGAGUAAGGGUAGGCAUAUUACCUCUUCUACGUAAGACUCAUAAUCUCAAAUGAGUGAUGCAUUACAGGAGUGAGUGACAAUGACACGCUGUAGAUUCAGGAUGAGGAAGAGAAGAGGGGAGAAGAUGAAAGAGGAGGAUACAAGAGUAGAGGAUGACAGAGGAAAAGGGAGAAGAGUGGAGAGGAGUUGAGAAGAGUAGGAAGAGAAGACAGGAGCGGAUACGAGAGGGGAGGUGUGGAGAGAAGAGGACAGGAUAAGAUAGGAGAGGAGUGGAAGAGAGAACAAAUAUCAAUCCCAGUGCUCAUGUGUCUCAAAGUUCCCGUUCAAUAAAUUGUUGUUCAUCUACAGAUUGUUGCAUUAUUUCAUGCAUUGAUAUAUCAAUAAGACAUAAUCUCUAAGCAUUUACAAUGUAGACUUGACUGGCACAUCUUUUAAAUCAAGUUAGUAGUCAGGUGUCCUAGGGGGUUGUGUUUGUGAGGGGAGGGGGGCGCGGAAAGCUUCAGGGGCCUAUAGAUCAUUACUUAAUAUGGUACCUGGAAAAUCAGGAGGUAGUAUGGAAUUUUUUUUCAAGGCAAGCGUGGGAACCCUGACUUAGUUAGUGUCGAUUUUUCACAUGCCCGUACUUUACUUGAGUAUUUAUUUUCCUGAUGACUUUUUACUUUUACUCGCUAUGUUUGAACACAAAUAUCUAUACUCUGUACUUUUUACAUUCUCAAAACCGUCUCGUUACUUGAGCAGCGGAGGUUGGCGCAACGCGCGCCUCUACGCACAGUGCACUUCUCUCUCGCUCACUCACGUGCCCCCUCCCGAGGGAGGGGUGCAGGUCCCGCGGCGUGUUUGCCAUCGGGGGGCAGCGCGAGACCCUAAGCGUCAGGAGGUUGGUCAGGCUGCCUUGGUCGACCUGGUUCGAGCAGGCUUUACCGGUGAUGAUCCCUCCGCAGGUUCACCUUCAGAAAAUUUGUUACGAGAUUUACUGCCUCUAGAUAGUCCAGUUUGAUCGUCUUCUCGGGGCUCCGCUAGGGCUGUGACCAUCUCUGGCGGGGCUGAUCUGAGGACCUCCCUAAACCAUCCAAUGGGUAGUAGAGAUGUGUGUACAAAGGGCAGGGACUUAAUCAACACCAGCACAUUCCCAAUCCAUUUAUUCCCGUGAGAAUUAUCCAGCUGCUCGUGCAGGAGCUUGGUUCAGUUCAUUCUUUAGUAUUCUGUCUGAAAUUUUGCAUUAAAACCAGACUGUGUCCAGUGAUUUUGUCUUCUCUGUACUAGCACUGUGCAGGUUGUUAACAAAAGAGAAACUAUAGAACUUGUUUCCCUUUCCUGAGUUAUCAUAAGGGGCAUUGUGUAUCACUCCUGUUACUGAUAAAAUGUCCAUGUUUAGUGAUAUUUACAGAAUGUUUUAGUCGUUAUACUGUGGUUUGUAGUGUUCUUAGGUAGACACAAGAGGCACUUGUUUAUUCUGUUGUGUUGAUUCUUUGUUGUCUCUAGUCAGAAUCUGGGGUUCAAAAUUUGUAAAAUUAUACAUUAAAUGCAUAUUGUUGUUAUACUUUUUCAGUCAGUUGAAACAAAUCCUGAAGAGAAACAUUUUGGGUUGUUUUGUGUCUGUAUAGGCCUACUAUACAUGACACAACAUAGACAUUUUCACUGCAUACAUGAUUUCAGUGCCUGUAUAACAUCACUAAAAUCAAUUGCAUGUGAUAAGAAGCGGUUUGUGCAAUACAGUGUUUCUGCUCUUUUUGUGCACUUCAGUCCUCCAAUCCUAGUUAUGUUACUCAAAUCUUAUUCCACAAUACACUGUUCAUUACUGUAUUCCAAAGCAUCACUGAGCAGAAUAAGAGAAUACUAAUCCUGCACAGCUCAUAUAAAUAUUAAUCUCAUCUUCAAAAAUGAAAGAAAUUCGGAACACAUUGUAUCUCAUGCACAUACAAUUGCAUUUUUAGCACUCAGUGUAGUAAAACUUGGCAUCAGUAUAUAUUUUUUUUCUUGAUGGCAACUCAAGGGGUCCAAUGCUUUGUCUUUAUCUUAAAUCAGUCAGAACAGCAACAAAACUAUUUUUGCCCGUGUUAAAGGAAAACUACUUACCUUGGAUGGUAUAAGUUUGGCUCACAGCUCCACUGUGAGCAGCAGAGGAGUUUUGUUUAAGAAUGACAUCAUUUGACCCUCACAUAAAGCAGGUCUCUAGGACGGUGGUUUCCAACUGUGCAAUGUCAGGAAAAUAAGAAACAACCUGUCUCAGAAGGACUGCAUUACCUCUAAACUGGACUAUUGUAAUUCUUCAUUAUCAGAAUGUCCCAGGUAGUCGGUGAACAAUCUGCUGUCAGGAACUAAAAGGAGAGAUCAUAUUACUCCUUUCUUAGCCUUUCUGCAUUGUUCACCUGUAUAAUUCAAAUUCCAGUUGAUGGGGGAGUUUUUUCUCCCCACAGUCGCCAAGGUGUGGGAACUUUUAGGAUUCACAAAAAAUGUUACGGUCUCCACCUUUUAUGUGAAGUGCUUUGAGAUUGUGUAUAUUAUGAUUUUCCAAAAAAAUACCAAAUUUUUUUAUCGAGUAGUUAAAAUUGUGGACAGGAAGCAAAUAGGAUCAUUAUAAGAAAUUAAAGUGUUACUUUAGUGUUAAGAUCUUAUUUUAAGCGGACCCAAAAAGAGUGCAGACCAGGAACACGGCAGAUUGAUGGCAGAAAAAAGGUUUAUUUGGAAUGUCCAAAAAAGGCAGGCAGGCUAGCAGAACUCUGUGGAAGGAGUCGAACAAGGAAGGUGCGCAGCUGAAGCCCACAGGUGAACGGACGAUCUGGCGAAAACAGGGUAGAUGAGCUGAGGUUUUAUGGAGUGGAGGUGGAGUUGAUGAGAUGAGUCUAAGCUGCCAAUGUAUCCCACAGGAGGCCCCUCCCAGCUCCAGGUUGAGCCACCUGUGGAAAGACUACAGUGGGGGAAGGGAAACAAGAGGUGGAAAGCCUGGUCCUGACAUUUAGUUAAGUUAUGGCUGAAGUGCCUCUUCCUGGAAAUUAUAUAAAAAAAGCUUUAGUUCUGGGAGACAGGGCCAAGUCAACACACUUUAGAGAGAAUCUUCUCAUCGGGGGAGCCAUAGAAGGAUUAUUACCAGCCCCUUCUACAUGGAGUAAACAGACCAUGCCAGCUACAACCAAGGAAUCCCAGCUCAUGAUUUGUUUUUUUAAGAUGAUUUGUUCUCGGACUGAAGCUCAGGUCAAAUUAUGGACAGCUGUAAAGACAUGCAACCCCACCACUCUGGGUUGAGCCCACAGACAGAACCAGCGCCCUUCACCAUCACUACAGACCACAGCAGUUACAGACUGGGAGAGGAGGUCAAAGUUCAGCUCCUGGCUCUGGGCUCAGCACCAUUCAUUGGUUUCCUAUUACAAGCAAGAGAAGUGGGGGGGCAGUCUCCAGUGGGAUCCUUUGAGCUGACGCCAGGGGCUGCUCAGCUGCUCAUCUGCAACCAGAGACCUAACUCUGCAGUAUCUCACCGAUCAGACUCUAUUAAGACCUCUAUUUUGGUGACGUGGAGAUCAGAAGCAUCAAGAGACGGGAAACCCAUUCAGUUCCAUGCCUCCUUUGUGCAGAAUUAUAAGACAUUCUGGGUUGAUGUUACGAGUCUUGUCCUGACCUUCAGUGAUGACGGUAGUGGAGGAUCCACCAGUCUGCCUCCACCAACAAUAACCAGUUCCACCACCACAUCAACAAUAGAUCUUCAACAUGCGUCACCGGGUAUGAUCUCCAGUGCAGACUGUGGUAUCAACAAGAUGUGUUUCAGUCAGCCUUCAGACUGUGACCCUGCAGUCAGUGUCGACUGUUUUUUCAUGUCAGCCAUGAUGUCGUCUCCCACUGACAAAACCAUCCGAUAUGAGAUGACAGGUCCUUCAAAUGGAUACAUCUCUUUUGGAUUCUCAGAUGAUCAGAUGAUGGGAAAUGAUGACAUCUAUAUUUGUUGCAAAGGCAGUGACGGUCAAGUGGGGUUGCAGCAUGCCUUCUCAACAGGUCGGACAACUCCACAGGCUGUUCCUCUGGGGAAUGUGACUGAUGUAACAGCAUCAGCGCAGGACAGAGUAAUCAGCUGUUCCUUCACAUCCAUGAACACAGUUUCUACACAGAGGACCAAAGGCUUCAACAAAACCUACCAUCUCAUGUUUGCUCAUGGACCCAGCAGUUAUGGACAAAUCCAGCUCCAUGUAGCUACCUUUAUCAGCACUGACAAGAUAGACAUCUCCAGACCGCAGAUUGUAGUAAAGGCUGGAUGGUCUCGUGUCAUCAAAGCACAUGGAGCACUAAUGCUGAUAGCCUGGAUGACCACAGGAUCACUAGGAAUGAUGGUAGCCCGAUAUGUGAAAGGAGUGACCAAAGGACACAACCUGUGGGGCAAAGAUGUCUGGUUUCUGGUCCAUGUAGCAGUGAUGUGUGUUACGGUAGCAGCCACAAUCAUUGCCUUCAUCCUCUCAUUUUCACAUGUCAAGGCCUGGUCUAAAGGAGCCCAUCCAGUGUUGGGCUGCCUGGUUAUGAUCCUCUCAUUCCUCCAGCCCGUAAUGGCACUGAUGCGUUGCGGACAGCAACAUCGACUGAGAUUUCUGUUCAAUUGGUCCCAUUCUUUAAAUGCGGUGGUUAUAAAAACUUUGGCUGUGGCAGCCAUAUUUACCGGUCUGAAGUUGAUUGAUAGCACACUGGACCAUUGGCUGAUGAAAGUGAUGGGUGGUUUUGUUGGAUGGGAAUCUUUGUGCUACAUCCUCCUGGAGGUGCAUUUAAAUUGCACGGUCAGCAAUACAGAUAGUUUGAAAUCGAAAAAGAUAACAGUCAUCCCGCUGAUGAUCCUAUUCUGUCUCGGAAACUGUGCCUUUCUUGUGGCACUGUUGGUGGGAAUUGGGAUGUCAUAGGAAGAACCAUGAUACAUCAAAAACAUAGUACUACAACGUUUCUAUUGUUUUUGCACUGGGGCUCAAAGGGUUUUGGGUGCCAUCCAUACUGACUGGAUUAGAGGUUAUAAGGAACAUUUGGCAUAUUUAAGUGACUGUGCUAUCAUGAUCAUUAUGUGGCUCAUUAUUAAAUAAUGUCUCUUGUAUUUCAAAUUAGUUCCUGGUGACCAAAUCUUUUUGUGCCUGAAACGUCAUUAAGUUAAUAGUUUCAGGGAAUGUUAAAUAAAGUGCACACCAUGGUGAAAAAUUCCAAAAUGGCAGUAGACUAUGCAGAUUGUAUUGAUUCAAGUCGAAACAGCUUAAAAUAGCACAUAUCAUAAUUCUCUUGGGCAUUGCUCCAGUGAAAAUAAUUUCUAUUAAAAAAAUUAUCUUUUGUUCUAACAUUUCGAAAGAGGAGAUGAAAGUCAAUUGCUAUGAGAUCAGCAUGCAAGACUAAAUAGUCAAUUUUCAUGGGCGACCUCCAGAAACACUUUCAAAAUUGAGAAGCAACAGAAGACCUAUACAUGGUUCAUACCUCCCUAAUGCAGUGGACAGUCCUGGCCUGGCUUCAGGCCGGACCGAGCCAAGGUGUGGAAAGCGAGCCUCUGACCUUGAACUCUCCAUUCCAUAAAGUCUCGGUUUUUGACACAAAAAGGAAAAAAAGGGUGGCUGUUCUUCCAAACAAACUGCCUUUAACCCUGAUUUAACCUCACAAAAUAGAUAUAUCGACUGCACUACAGAUUAUCAUGAUGCCCCGAACCCAUGCAAAUGAUAAACAGGACUUCCUCUGCCUCUCCCGAUUCUUAGAGAAUGGUAAGCAACACUCUCUAAGAACAAAGAAGCCUCUGCACAUCUGCCUUUUUUCACUUAUAUUUUACUCAUCUCUCUAAAAAUGAGCGAUAACUUAUACUUAAAUUUUUUUUGAACAUACAUAUGAAACACAUUUGAGUAUUUGUGUCCAUUACCUAUUUAAUCACAAUAAGUUGAAUAAGUUGUGGCAUUUGGUUAGCUUCUCAAGGUCCAUUUGAGUCUUUAAAAACUAUUGUUCUGUAUGAUAAUUAAAUUGUUAUAGUUUUUAAGUAUGAACAAUGCUUGAAUAAGUUUGUAAAAAAGUCUGUCUCACUAAUGUGAUUGUGGUAAAAUACCAUUCCACUUGUUACAAUAUUUCAUAAGUUGUGUAUGCAUAUUGAGCUGUCUGAUUGUCAUACUGGUUAGGGUUAAGGUUAGGAGAAAGUCGUGCCAUUAAAUAAUUUUAUUUGUGUGUUAUUCACCCUUGUGUGAUACCAGGCUGGUCUCUGGAGCAGGUCAGUGGGGUUGCUGCAGCGUCCACUGUAUAUAGUACUGGUAAAUGUUUUUUUAUUUAUAUAGUGCUUUUGUUUGACAGUACAGAUUUACAUUCAACCAUUCACACACACAUUCAUACAGUGCAUCUAUUAGCAGCACUUUCUUGUUCUAUGAGGGGCAAUUCAGAGUUCCGCAUCUUGCCCAAGGACACUUCGGCCUGCAGAUUGAGAAGACUGGGGAUUGAAUUGGCGACCCUCAGGUUGGAGGACGACCGCUCUACCCCUCAGCCACAGUUAGUAAGAUAACAACAUUUAAAAGAAUUGAAAUUGUAAAUGAUGAAGUGACCACAUUAUUAUACUGAAUCAUGUAUUUAUUAUAACAGAAUAUAUUAAUUAUAAGUGCACAGUAUGAUUGUGUGAGUGUGUGAGUGAGUGAGUGAGUGAGUGAGCGAGCUCAGCUGCUCCAGUUGAGUUUGAACCCUGAAGGCAGAGUGGAAUACUCGGCUUGGAAAACGAUGUAGACUUGAUGGGAGGAGGCUGUGAAUGGUGCGAUGUUGGUUUCCUUAGGAAACAACAGAGAGACAAGUAGUAACUAGUAACAUGCUACAUACUAUCAAUCACACAUAUUGUAGACAAGUAUCUCUAAACCUUAUACAAAUCGAUAUAACCUCACACUGUUACUGUAAUUUAUACUCCAUAAUUUUCAAACAGAUAAGGGUUUCAAAACUUAAUUUUUUAGCAUAGAAGUCCACUUUUACUCUUCAUUAUUCAUCGGUGUGUUUUUGGUGUAACAUGAAAGAAAACAUUCAGAGGGCCAUCUCCUAUUUAGGGAUGUCCACAUGUGGAAAGAAAAGAUGUGUUUUGACUCAAUAGCUGUAAAGCGCCUAUUGAGAUCUUUAAUGAAAGUUUUUGUUGUGGGUAGCCUCACUCUUGCGGUGCAUUUAAAAGUGUGCAGUGUUUCUCAUUAAUUGAUUUUAUUGCAGAGGCAUGUCAUAGUCUAAUAUGAUCUACAUUGUUUUAACGCGACUCAUAACAUAAAAGAUGUCUAACUGUUUGUUGUUUCUUUGUAAAGCUGUGCGCAGAGCCCUUCACUUUUGCUUGCUCUCUUCGAAAGAUACUGAUGUCAAUUAGCCUGUGAAUCGUCAAAACAACUUUAAAGUUGCUACCGUCCUUUGAAAUCUAAUCCUCGUCAGUCAACUCUUGUCUUGUCAUGAUCAGAAUCCAGACUAAGCACUGAUAUUAAGUAUUUUACAAAUAAGGGUUUAACAGAGAAACUUUGUAAGUUCAAGCGUUUUUUCAUUUAGUGGUAAUUUUAUAUUCUUACAUGUUUAUAAGUAAAGUUAAUAUAGUAAAAGAGCAAAAAAAUGAUAUGAUACUAACAAACUUACCACUUAUUAAUAUAUAAAUAUGAGAAAUAUUUUUAAGGGUGAUUCAAUGAAUAUCAAUGGAACUCAGAAUCCUGUUAAGCUUUAAAAAAAACAUAAGUAUGAUUUCACCCUCCUUUUAGCUUACUACAAGCUGUUUUGCUUUGGCUUUUGUGGUAAUUAAUGCAUAUCAAAUGAUGUUGAUGGAACGGUUCUGUUACACAUGUUAGUCAACAAAAAAUAACCGUAUAGUGUGGCCAUUAAAGUGUAUUGAAUUUAAUUGAAGUGAGGCUCAGCUCAUUAAAAUCCUAUUGUAUCAUUGGCUUACCUUCGCCUCCAUUCACUUGCAAUUAGUACGAACGAGUUGGCAGAUAAAACAUUUGCUUUCCGUGGCAAUGCCAAUUGCAGUGCGGAAUUCAACGUUGGUGAACUUUGACCCAUGAUAUUUGCUUCACAUUCACAAGUAUGACCGUGCCCUUA